UGUUGAGUACUGCAACAAGUGCUGAUGAUCCCACAACCAGUCCUCAUGAUUAUACAACCAGUGCUCGACAUCACACAACCAGUUUUCAACAGCCCACAACAAGUUUUCAACAGCCCACAACAAGUUUUCAACAGCCCACAACAAGUUUUCAGCAUGCUACAACCAGUGCUCAACAUCCCACAACCAGUUUUCAACAGCCCACAACCAGUGCCCAACAGCCCACAACCAGUUUUCAGCAUGCCACAACCAGUGCUGUUGAGCCCACAACCAGUUUUCAACAGCCCACAACCAGUUCUCAGUUUCCCACAACCAGUCACUAUCCUGUAACAAUGGAUGAAUGUAAAAUUCAUUUACAGGAAAUGUUUCCUGACAUAGAGUUAAGUGCCAUUGAGAGAGCGAUUACCCAUACUUCAGAUUUGGGUGAAGCAAUCAGUAAGCUUCUUGAUGAAAGUG